AUGCUCGGCGCGGUGAUCGCCUUCGUGUCCGGGUACUCGCUGUACGUCAGGUUGCCGCUCGGUGGAAGCCCCCUGGUCCGGCUGGCGCAGGGCACCGCUACGGCGUUCAAGAAGCGGAAAGCCACCGUGUCGGACCCGAGCCUCCUGUACCAGGACAAGGACCUCGACGCCGGCAUCUCCACCACCGGCCGCCUUCUCCACACCGAUCAACUAAAGUUCCUUGAAAAGGCAGCCAUAGUGACGGGCGGUGACAUGCUGCCGUCCGGCGAACAAAAGCUAUGGCGUCUGUCGACCGUGCACCGCGUCGAGGAGCUCAAGUCGAUCAUGCGCAUGCUGCCGAUCUGGGCGGCCACCAUCCUCCUCGUGACCUCGGGGUCGCACAACAGCAGCUUCAUGAUCCAGCAGGCGCGCACCAUGGACCGCGACGUCGCGCCGUGCCUCAAGAUCCCGCCGGCAUCCAUGCUCGUCUUCACCAGCCUCGCCAUGCUGCUCACCCUCGCCGUCUUCGACCGCGUCCUCGCUCGCGCGCUCCGCCGCUAA